ACUCCGGACACCACCACUGCGCUGAGUCAAGGCUUUGCCGUCUCUGAUCUGUCCAGGGCCUUUAUUUUCCAUCCUGGGAAACCCAUCAUUUUAACUCCUGCCUGGUGGUGUAAUGCUCUUAGGGAAGAUGUCCGAAGUCUGUGAUGCCACAGUGGCUGUGGUUCCACUUGGGUUAUGUGGGGGAUCAGGGCCACUUCUGUUUGGUACUGCAGCCCACUGGUUCACCAAAAACACCACGAGUGGCAUGGCCCCUACAUAAUUACCAGCAAUUGCUCUGUCCACCUUCAUGCUGAAACAUCUGUAGGACUCCACUGGGUCGUGGCUCAGCCAGCACUGGGUGUGCGCCUGGGCCACCUCGACCUCUUUUGAAUUUGGACCCCUCGGCAGCUUUGGCUGCUGGCGCCAUGAAAUGGGGCAGAGGGCCCAUGGAGCCCAGAGAGGGGAGGGGACCUGCCCUUGAAUCUCCCUGUACAUGGCCUGCCUCCUCCACCCAGGACACUGUGGUCCCUGCAGGAGCUGGGGGACCCCUUCCCCAUGCCUCCCAGUCUGGGCCUGCGCAUGAUAGGGCUGCAAGUGGGCGAGCAGGACACACAGGACACUGGAGCUGGCAACAGCCCUGCCUCAUGCCUCUCAGCCUCCCAGGGCCACGAGGCCCCGGUACACUGAGGGUUACAGCUGGGGCCCCUCCCAGUCUCCGGAGCCACUGUCCCUUAGCAACCGCCCUGCCGGGAAGGACACACCAGCAACUCUGGGCAAAGUGGGCAGAGCCAGCCGAGCUGCUGUCUGGAAGACUCCAGGACCAACAAAGUCCAGCUGCCCAGACAGCCCGGAUCCAGCAUGGAUGCUGUGGAUGCCACCAUGGAGAAGCUCCGGGCGCAGUGCCUAUCCCAAGGGGCCUCGAGCAUUCAGGGUCUGGCCAGGCUUUUCCGCCGCCUGGACCGGGACAGGAGCCGGUCCCUGGAUGCAGGGGAGCUCCAGCGGGGCCUGGCUGAGCUGGGGCUGCGGCUGGAUACAGCCGAGGCAGAGGGUGUAUGCAAGCGCUGGGACCGCGAUGGCAGUGGGACGUUGGACCUGGGGGAGUUCCUGCGGGCACUACGGCCCCCCAUGUCCCAGGCUCGGGAGGCAGUCAUUGCAGCUGCGUUUGCCAAGCUGGAUCGCAGUGGGGAUGGCGUGGUGACAGUAGACGACCUCCGGGGGCUGUACAGCGGCCGUGCCCACCCUAAGGUGCAGAGCGGCGAGUGGACCGAGGAGGAGGUGCUCCGCCGCUUCCUGGACAACUUUGACUCCUCUGAGAAGGAUGGGCAGGUCACACUGGAUGAGUUCCAGGACUACUACAGUGGCGUGAGCGCCUCCGUGGAAACAGACGAGGAGUUCGUGGCCAUGGUGACCAGUGCCUGGCGGCUGUGAGCAGCACAUGUGCUGUGCUGGCCCCACCCACCUGGGCCUGAGGCUAGGCAGCCCCAGGGUGGGGCUGUUUGAGGCUGCAGAACCAGCUGGACCUGGUUUCGGAAGGGUUCUGCUUGGCCACUGGGCCCAAAUGGGGCAGAGGUUCCAAGGAUGGGUCACUGGCUCAGGACCCCAGGGAAAAAGGCCGUCCCUGCCAAGGCCGGGCUGCCCCCGGGCCUCAGCGAGCCGCUACUUCCCCCCGGGCCUCCUGUUCUUCUCCGUGACUCCUUGGGCCUCCCCCCACCCUCACGGGUCCCCUGGGAAGCCAGGCGGCCCCUGGGCGGGGAGCCAACGGCCUCCCGUGAAGUGAAGCUCUGCAGAGGCGGCCAUUGGAGACCAGCUGGGUUUGGUCACCUGCCCAGGUGUGGCAUGCAGGUCAGGCAGAGGCCUUUCUGGGCCAGGCUGACUGGCUUCCUAAGGCCCCUGGGGCAUGUGGAAGGCCAGGGUUUUAGUUAAAAGUUUUAAUGUAGUUCCCAAAUACAUUUCAUAUGACAAUCUUACAUAAAUGUUCCAAAACACA